UGGAAAAAGACAUUUGGAAGUUUAUUGCAAAGAGAGAAUCAAUGAAGCAUCAACCAAAAACAGGAGUCGCAAGUACAGUGAUGAUAAAGUUCCAGCUACUACUUCCACUGUUGCUACUACUUCUUCUACUAACUCUUCUUACAAGACACAAAUGAGUUUUUGAGAAGAAAAUCCCAUCAGCAAAAAAAAAAAAAAAAAAAACCUUGUAAGAAAUGGAACCUGAGAGUGGGGAAAGAGCAAAACAGCCCCAACAACAACAGCCCAAUACUACUUUUUCUUCAUCAGCUGCAAGUAACGUGAAACCCAUCAACAAAGGCAAAGCCAUUGCUCAGUACAAUGCAGAUGCUGGGCUCAUGGCUGAGUUUGAGCAGUCGGGUGUGUCUGGUAAGUCCUUUAACUAUUCAAGAUCAGUUAUUUAUGCUCCUCGAAGUGUACCUGAAGAACAAAUGACAGCUUAUCUGUCAAGAAUCCAAAGGGGUGGUCUCAUUCAACCCUUUGGUUGUAUGAUUGCUAUCGAAGAAUCCACCUUUAGGAUCAUAAGUUAUAGCGAGAAUUGCUUUGAGUUGUUGGGUUUGCGUUUGGAUACUGAGGAUGAGUCCAAAGCAUUGACGGGUUUGAUUGGAAUUGACGCAAGAAGCCUUUUUACGCCAGCAUCAGGUCCUUCCUUGGCAAAAGCUGCAGCUUCUAGGGAGAUUUCAUUGUUAAACCCGAUUUGGGUUUAUUCCAGGAGCACUCAAAAGCCAUUUUAUGCUAUAUUGCAUAGGAUUGAUGUGGGAAUUGUGAUUGAUUUGGAGCCUGCAAGGUCAGGGGAUCCUGCAUUGUCUCUUGCUGGUGCUGUGCACUCACAAAAACUUGCUGUUCGGGCGAUAGCUAGGCUGCAGUCACUCCCUGGGGGUGAUAUUGGUGUACUAUGCGAUACAGUUGUGGAGGAUGUUCAAAAGCUUACUGGCUAUGACAGGGUUAUGGUGUACAAGUUCCAUGAUGAUGAUCAUGGUGAAGUUGUGUCAGAGAUCAGGAGGUCUGAUUUAGAGCCAUACUUGGGUUUGCAUUAUCCUGCCAUAGAUAUCCCUCAAGCUUCUCGUUUCUUGUUCAAGCAGAACCGUGUGAGGAUGAUCUGUGAUUGCCAUGCGAAUCCAGUCAAGGUCAUUCAAACUGAUGAGCUGAAGCAGCCUCUCUGCUUGGUAAAUUCAACCCUAAGGUCACCCCAUGGAUGCCACACACAGUACAUGGCAAACAUGGGCUCCAUUGCCUCAUUAGUGAUGGCAGUCGUUAUUAAUGGUAAUGAUUCAACAAAGCUCUGGGGGCUGGUUGUUUGUCAUCAUACUUCUCCCCGCUAUGUGCCUUUCCCCCUUCGUUAUGCCUGUGAAUUCCUUAUGCAGGCAUUUGGUCUGCAGUUGUACAUGGAGCUUCAAUUAGCAUCACAGCUAGCAGAGAAGAAGAUUCUCAGGACUCAAACCUUACUCUGUGAUAUGCUGCUCCGUGAUGCCCCAUUCGGUAUUGUGACACAAUCACCUAAUAUCAUGGACCUUGUAAAGUGUGAUGGUGCAGCAUUGUACUACAAUGGAAAAUGUUGGUUGCUUGGUGUGACUCCAACUGAAUCACAGGUAAAAGAUAUAGCUGAGUGGCUGCUCAGCACUCAUGAAGAUUCUACUGGAUUGAGUACUGAUAGUUUGGCCGAUGCUGGCUAUCCUAGUGCUGCUUUACUGGGUGAUGCAGUUUGUGGCAUGGCUACUGCCAGAAUCACUUCAAAGGAUUUCUUGUUCUGGUUCAGGUCUCAUACUGCAAAGGAAGUGAAAUGGGGAGGAGCCAAGCAUCAUCCAGAGGACAAGGAUGAUGGAGGAAAAAUGCAUCCAAGGUCAUCAUUUAAUGCUUUUCUUGAAGUGGUGAAGAGUAGAAGUUUGCCCUGGGAGAUUCCAGAAAUUAAUGCUAUUCACUCUUUACAGCUUAUAAUGAGAGAUUCAUUUCAAGACAUGGAGGAUGGUGGCUCCAAGGUGUUAGUUUAUGCCCAGCAGAGUGAUACUGCGAUGCAGGGGAUGGGUGAACUCAGCUCAGUAACAUAUGAAAUGAUUAGAUUGAUUGAGACAGCAACUGCUCCAAUAUUUGGAGUUAAUACAGCUGGUCUCAUAAAUGGGUGGAAUGCAAAAAUAGCUGAAUUGACAGGUUUACAAGCUGAUGAUGCAAUGGGGAGAUCCCUGGUUAAUGAAGUUGUUCAUGAGGAUUCACGUGAAGUGAUUGCGAAUCUGCUAAGAAGAGCUUUGCAAGGUGUGGAAGACAAAAAUGUUGAGCUGAAACUCAGAAAUUUUGGGCUUAAUCGGCAAAACUCAGUUGUUUAUAUUGUGGUCAAUGCCUGCACAAGCAAGGAUUACACAAAUGAUGUGGUUGGGGUGUGCUUUGUGGGUCAGGAUAUUACAUCUGAGAAAGUUGUGAUGGAUAAGUUUAUCCGUUUGCAAGGAGAUUAUAGGGCUAUUAUACAAAGUCUUAGUCCCUUGAUCCCUCCAAUAUUUGCGUCUGAUGAGAAUGCCUGCUGUUCUGAAUGGAAUGCAGCCUUGGAAAAACUGACCGGUUGGAGCAGAAGUGAGGUCAUAGGUAAAAUGCUGCCUGGAGAAAUCUUUGGAGAAUUAUGUCAGCUGAAAGGUCAGGACACGCUGACUAGAUUUACGAUUCUGUUGUAUCAAGGAAUUAGCGGUCAGGAUACUGAGAAGUUCCCAUUUGGGUUUUUUGAUAGAAAAGGAAAAUUUCUGGAGGUUUUCUUAACAGCAAACAAAAGGACUGAUGCAGAUGGGAACAUAAUUGGCUGUUUCUGCUUCUUGCAGGUUAUUGUGCCUGACCUCCAGCAGGCUACUGAAGGACACAAGCAAGAGGACAAAGAAUUCUUUACAAAACUUAAGCAGUUAGUUUACAUGCGACAAGAGAUGAAAAAUCCUUUGAAUGGUAUUAGGUUUACCCACAAACUUUUAGAAACUACAGCUAUUUCUGAAAAUCAGAGGCAAUUCCUUGAGACCAGUGAUGCGUGUGAAAGGCAGAUAUUGGCAAUAAUUGAGGAUAUGGAUUUAGGAAGCAUUGAGGACAGCAUGGAGCUAAGCAUGGAAGAAUUUCUUCUGGGGAAUGUUCUUGAUGCUGUUAUCAGUCAAGUCAUGAUUUUGCUCGGAGAAAGGAACUUACAACUUUUUCAUGAAAUUCCAGAAGAAAUCAAGAGACAGUCUCUGUAUGGUGAUCGAAUUAGGCUCCAGCUAGUCCUGUCGGAUUUCUUGCUUAGUGUGGUGCAUCAUGCUUCUUCUCCAGAUGGCUGGGUAGAAAUCAGGAUUUCACCUGGUCUUAAGCUAAUACAAGAUGGCAAUGAGUUUGUCCGUUUACAAUUCAGGAUGACUCACCCCGGUAAAGGCCUUCCUUCUACUCUUAUCCAAGAUAUGUUUGAGGGAGGAAAUCAGUCGAUGACACACGAAGGCCUAGGGCUAAACUUGUCUCGGAAGCUUCUAAAUAAGAUGAAUGGUCAGGUUCACUAUGUCAGGGAACAUAGCAAAUGUUCCUUCCUCAUUGAUCUUGAAAUUAGAACAAGGAAAGGAACACAAAAGGCAUCACAAGCCGAGUGACCCUAAUCUCUUCCGGAAACCCAUCCUUUAAUAUGUGUAGAUGGGCCAUAUAUAUUUUACACCUUGCACCCAAAGGCUUCUAUGAAAUAAGGUAGUAGCAACUCUUCCAUUUUGGUUUCCCCCCUCUCUUGUUUCAUCUUGUCAACAAUUCAUGCGGUGAGGCCUGUUUGUCCAGCAAUGCUGGUCUGACAAUAAGCAUGUGAGUGUGUACAUAUAUACUUUGUUUUUCUUAGAAUAUAUCGUAGUGGAGACAAGGUGUUGAGGUUUUGCUAGCAGAGAAGAACGAGUUGCAUUGUAAGAAGCCCAGGAGAAUUGUGUAUUAAUAAAACAAUGCCAAAUUGAGCCUGCUCAUUCUACAGGAAAAAAUGUUACUAUUUCCCGCCCAGAAAAGCAAAGGGUACUCGGCUGCUAAGGCGACAAUAAUGCUAAUGCAUUGUAUACUAAGAAGCACAAUUGGGAGAUCUUAGUGUCCCACUGAUAUUAGUUGUUUGAGGUCUGGCUGUUUAUGAUAAUACCAUUAAUUUCAGACUACUUUUCAUGAUUGCUCCAUU